AUGAAUAAUUUUACCUCUUUACUCGAUUUUUUAAAGCAAGAAGAAGAAAAGAAAAUAGGAACUAAUAAUGAUGACGCAAAUACCGAUUUAUCAUAUGGUUUUAUUGAUAAGAAUCCAUUGUUAAAAAGCCUAGUUCGUUCGUUCGAGCGAUUUGAAAAUCAUAAUGAUAAUUAUGAAUAUGAGUUUAUGCAAAUUUUUAUUGACACAAUAAUUAGCAAUUUGACAAAGUCGAACAAUCAUCGUCGAUAUGGCACUACAAUUAAGAAUUUCGCAUUGUCAUUGCAUAUUAUAGGUGGAAAAUUAACAUAUGAAUUUAUUCGACUGAAUUUGCCAGGUUCUUUACCGAACUUAGCCAUGUUGAAUGCAUUAAUGUCAAGCUCGGAUUCAAAAUUUAGUGAAGGAGAGUUCGGAUUUGACCAACUUGAAAAGCGUUGUAAUAAUCUUGGUGUUCAAUAUGCGUUUGCUUCGGAAGAUGCUACUGAUGCAACACAUCUGGUUACUAAAUGGCGCAAUCGUUUGUUAUCAUCAAGCGCUGCAUUGUGGCUUGAAAAUAAAUCCAUAUCAAUUAAUCAUUUAUAUGAUAUCAUAAACAAUGAACAUUACUCUACAUUAGAUCAUGGCUUGACAAAAUUCGAUAUUAACCCUCAAGAUCGCCAAAACUUUAGUUCUUGUUUGAAAUUAGCAUUUCACGAUCUUAUUAACAUUUUAUCUAAAAAUAAUGAUACUCGUGGAACAUUGAUUUGUCUUCAAAUGUUUCGAAUGAUCAUUGUGACUUAUGUGGAGAAGCGAAUGACUGUUGCUGAACAUACCCUUUGUGAGAAAAAAUAUUUUAUUUCAGGACUUCGAUCUGCUUGGACUGUUGUGUUCCUUUGCACAGCAUGGUUGACAUGGAUUAAAUGCACAUCAUUUAAUUCAUCAUACACCACAAGAAACAAUAAAAGCAAAUAUUUUAUCACAAGACCAGCAUAUUUAUCGAUGGAAAUCAACGCACACAAUUUGUUAUACUUAAUUAUACUCAUUAAGGAGAAAAAGCUACCACCAUCUGUACUUCACAUUGAUAUCUUUAGCUUGCAAGCUUGUGAAUCACUUUUUAGAAACGCUCGCGCAUUAAGUGGUAUUUAUCCAACUAUAGUAAACUUUACAAUACAUGACUUUUUACGACGUGCUCAAAGAUUAUCAAUAUUGAGCGAUAUCAAACAUAUGCAGUCAGAUACCGACUUAGUUAACAAUUUUAUUUUUCCAGCUCAUCACAAGCAUCGAAGUGUUCGUCAUGCGGCCGUUAUGAUAAACCAAUAUGAAAUUGAUCAAAUAGAUAUCGAAAAACUUAUCACUGGAGCUUAUGAUAAGGCGAUUCAGAAAUGGUGA